AUGCCGCAGCGAUUCACAGAGUCUAACGAACUAGAGCAUACCCAGUGUGAUAAGCGACUGGCAUGCGGUCUGGAAAUGUCCGCCAUGAGAGACAUGCAGAGGACGGAUACAACAGCGGCGUUUGAUGCCGGCGGUGAGGGCGAAGAAGCAUUGAUUAGGCGGGCCGUCUGGCGGAAUAUGGACGGAGCGAAGCAAUAUGGAAUCUGUGGUGUGACGGCAGGGAAAGGAAUCUGCGGAAAUCCUGGAACUGCGCAAGCAGCAGGCCGUAUUCGGGGGACAGCAAGGACAGCGAGUGAUGGAUCGAAAUCAUGUUUGAGACUGUCGCAGAUCAGGUUCUGGGGUUCUGGGGGCAGGGAGCGAAAUCAUGUCAGGGAAGAAAAAAAGGCGUCGGAUCAUUUGCGGCUUGUCGCGUGCAGCAAGCCGAGACCUGGUGUCGGCGGGCGGGUAGAGGCUGCUCGUAUCAGAAAAGAGAGACACAGCGUUGAGAAGUCGUUUGCAAAGUAUUAUGCAGUUGCCAUGUUACCGAGGACGGGGUUUGAUGCUGUGGCACUUGGUCGGCUGGACAGCGGUGACACUGGCCGGGGAUUUGAAAUUUAUGAGCAGAUGGAGAUGAUAUUUGUCGUGGUGUUGCUGGGGGGUGUUGAGCUUGGAACUUUGCUGGCGGCGAGUUUCCUUUGCAGUUCCAGAGUCACAGUCCCUGCUGGUGCGCGCCACCGGUCCACUGCAACAACGGAGCAACCAAAACCCACAUACCGAACGAAGAUGAUGCAGGCGCGGGAGAGAAGGCCGACGGACGCUCUGCAAAUAAAGUCUCAAUUGGUUGCUCUGCUUGCCUGCCUGGUUGCUCUGCGAGGGGUCUGGUCUGUCUUGGCUGCCCUGGAGAUGGGAUGCCCUGCCCACGUCGUCGUCUGGCCGCCCGCAUCACUUGGCUCCCCCCUCCAUCCCUGCCACGUGGACCAGGGCAGGGGGACGAGGUGGAAAAGAAGCUUUGUAAAGCUGGAAGCAACUAAAGUAACUAAAGAACUAGAGUCUCCUCGCUCGUUACUGGUCAGCCAGAGUGAUUGUCGUGCUGCUGGUGCUGCAAGACAGCAAGCCUCCAGCGCGUACGGAUCAAGUCAAGGUACAUAUCGAGGUACCUGUACUCCGUACCUUGACUCCGUAGAUCAGCAAGCCUCCGGCUCUGCCUCUCUCUCCCUCCGUCGCUGUGCCCGCCCGCCGCCGCCCCUCACGUCUCCUCCAUCAAACCACCUACCUACCUGUUACUUAACUCGUCGUGAUUACUUCGUACACCUCUCCUCGCAAGGCUGCGUUGCGUUGCAUCCGCCCUCCACCAUCACCCCUAACAACGUUUACAACUUCCCAGCCCGUCGUCCUUAUCCUAGGCCUGGCUCUUUUUUUCGCUCUUCACUGGUGGCGGUACAUAUUCAAAAGCCGUUGCCUCCCGCACCCAUCUUCUGCUUCUGCCCUCCUUCCACCCCCCCCUCUCUUGUAAGAGAACGCCCGCGCCCCGAGGCAAACGACGACCAGCAGCCACGGCUUUGGCUUUGUUCCAACGACAACUUGACCCUUCUAUUACUUUUCCUUGCGCUCCGACCACCGGAAAGGAAAAAGGGCAAAAAAGAACAAAGCCGCCUCUGCCACCUCGGAUUACUGCUUUUCCCGGCUACUUACUUCAGCCUUAAUAGUACAGCUACCGCUAAUACGACUGCUGUGCUGUUGCGGAUACAGCCCCCAUCGCCAUCGACCGGGUCACAAUUCCCGCUCGCCGAAUUGGUUCAUGCUCUUGUCCUCUUAUGCAUCUCCCCGGAAGCUACAAGGAAGCCGUUGGAAAGAAAAAGUUUCGCCAAAUUCGCCCUCUCCUUCAUUGUUCCUGGGCCUACUUACCUAGCCCUCUGCCUCAACUCCCCCGCCAUGGAGGCUUCCUCACCACUCGCGGCUCUGCACCGCCCGAUGCCCGCCCCCAGUUGGGGAGGCCGGGACAUCUUCCGCAGCCACUCCUUUGUAGGGCCCGUUGCCUCGGCCGCCCUGAGCUUGCGAGAGCAGCUGCAGAGAGGCACCUCCGACUACUUUGCCUGCAAUGAACCCCGUGGCUCCUCGCCCGCCGCCAGCUUGGCCGCCGACCUCUCACAGAACUUUCGUCUAGACAGCGAAGCCAGCCCUCACUUCCCGACUCCUCGCCGUGCUCUCUUCACUGCCAAUGUCAUGGGCGGCUUUCACAACAGAGACUAUGUCACGACCCCUCCGCUCCCUUCGUCCUCCCCGGCCCAGUUGACCGAAUACAUGGAGCUUUCUCCGCUCCCACACAAGACGCCAUUCUCCCUGCAGUCCGAAUUUGCUUCUCCUACACCCAAUACCUCGUCAAGCGACGAAGACAUGAUACUCGACUCCCCGGCUCCCAUCUUACGCCCAUCCCUGGACUUUCCCAAGCUACCGUCGUUUGCAGACCGUAGAAUUGCUGCUCCACGCCGUCCAUCCUUGAGCCGAAUGAAGGGCCACAGCCUUGCUGGCAGCAGCUUCAAAUCUGAAGCUGAUGGUCAGCUCCCCCGUUCCGCUUUGGCGGCGAUUCCAUGUCCCGCUCGAGCUCCAAUCUCUCUCUUGGAGAGUGCUUCCAGUCUGAGUCACCCCCUCAGGAUUCGAGACCUUCCUCCUCACAGCAGACGCUCGUCGAACCCAUUCCUGCGUGCUCGCAAGCAGGUCCGUCGCUCCCUGAGCAUGUUUGAGCACCCCAAUGAAGUCAUGAAUGCCAAGUCCCAGGCCCACGAGUUGAUCUCAACUCCUCUCAAGUCUGUCAUGGAUAUCGAGGAAGCCUACGAAGCUGUCAUCCCUCACUUUCUGUCAGAAGACCCCACUGACACCAUUCCACGUAUCACCAAUGAGACCAUGCUGGACAUUAUCGACGGCAAAUUUAAUGACCAAUUUGAUCACAAAAUGGUCAUUGACUGCCGCUUCGAGUAUGAGUACGACGGUGGCCACAUUGAGGGUGCUGUCAACCACAACGAUAAGGAGCUCCUCACUUCUCAACUCUUCACGACCCCAAUUGGCGGUAGAUCCCUGCUCAUCUUUCACUGUGAAUAUUCAGCUCACCGUGCUCCUCUGAUGGCUAGACAUGUUCGUGCCGAGGAUCGUACCGUGAAUGCUGAAUUCUACCCUCGCUUGACGUAUCCCGAGGUCUACAUUCUGGAUGGAGGCUACAGCGGCUUUUUUAGCACUUUCCGUGGCAGAUGUUUUCCUCCAGAGUACGUGGAAAUGUCUGACGAGAAGCACCAGCGCACUUGCGAGCGCGAGAUGGGCAGACUCAAGGCUCGCAAAGGCGGCCUCAACCGCGCGCAGACUUUUGCUUUUGGCCAGAAAGACCACUGUAUAAAUGACUCUCCUACUGCGCCCGGUCGACCGACGUCGCGGCAAUUCCCCAUCAUGGGCAGCUUUUCUCCUAUCCCUGAGCGAUCACACACUCGUCGCAUGGCUUCCUACUAA